CACAAAAUAGCUGUCAUAGAACUUCUAUGAUAGCCGUCCAGCAAGGCGUUGUUCCACCAUCACCCAAGCAGUUUAGUGAUGAGCGCUCUUGAAUAGCUGUGUGUCGAAAAUGUAGACCAAAGCCUGUGACCUUCAUAUGAACAUUCACAAGGUUUGGUUGUCAUAACAGGUACCUUCAAGGCUGUCCAAUGAUUAAGGACAUCUUACUCUACAGAUGGAGGAUCAGGCCCUUUUCAAGAUGAUCUUGAUGUGGUUGUCAAAUUAGAACUUUCAGAUGAAAAAGUUAACAGGAGGAAUAGUUUUCCAUGGACUUAUGCAAGUUCCCGUCCAUUCCUAAUUAUCAUCACCAUCCUUCUUUCUUGAGAUUACAAAAUCAUAUCUAGUGAUUUGGCUUUUACCUUCAUCCCUCCACUGCAAACACCCACUGGUGUGAAUUCCUUGUUUGUCAUGCUUUUCUCCCUGAGGGAACUGGUUCAAUGGCUCGGUUUUGCCACAUUCGAGCUCUUCCUGCACCUUGGAGCGUUUCUAGUCUUCAGUGUCCUCGUUGCCCUGCGGGCGGACAUGUUGACCCCUGGCAUAAGUUGGUGGCUUGUCUUUGUGCCUUUGUUCGCCGCCGACGGCCUUAGCACCUACUUCACGGCCAUCGUAUCCAUCCGCCUGUACCAAGAAGGAGAGAAACGUCUGUCUGUGCUGCGUCUGCUCUGGGUGCUGACGGUGCUCAGCCUCAAGCUUGUGUGUGAGGUUUUGCUGUGCCAGAAGCUUGCGGAGCAAGAGCAAGCCCGUGACCUGUGGUAUGGCCUCAUCGUCUCGCCGCUCUUCAUUCUCCUGCAGCUGCUUAUGAUUCGGGCCUGCCGCGUCAACUGAGGUGGAGGAAAGGCGCCAUUGGCUAACCAAUCUCUGUAGGCCCCACCCAUAUGCAACUGGAUGGGUUGGCUGAACUGGGCAGGGUCCAGCACAGGCAUGUAUUCUUCAUGUACGCUGUCAGGACACAAAGCAGGCUGGGGUGGUUUUCCGAGAGACUUUGGGCUGUAGGGGUGAUUCCCUACUAAUAAUGGUGGAAAAUGUUUUUUUUUUUUUUUUUUUCCCUUAAUGUAUUUAAUGAGAUCCUAGCUGAAGCAUUUGAAACACGCUCUUGUUGUACCCCACUGUCACAUCCUGAAUUUUAAGAAAUGUGCAGUCUUCAUAUUUUGUCAGAAGUGCUGAGUGAGACUUGAUCUGAGUUCUCUCUGUAUUUCCAGAAUGUUCCUUAAUCUAUGUUUUGCUGAUCUGUUGCCCU